AUGGGAACUCUUGUUGGACAAUGGUAUAAUUUAGGAAGUAAUUGUACUGGAUCCGUUGGAGAACUAAAUAAUUGUGGAUAUUCAUCUAAUCCCAGUGAAGAAUUGAUUGAACAAAAUUGGGAUACUGAAUCGAAUAAUUUAUCAUUUCCCUAUUGGAUGUCCAAAAGUAAUCAUCAAACUAUGGAUCUUGAUGAAAGAUCAUUGAGAACAUCAUUUAUGAGUAGUCUUAUUUUGGAUAUGCAAGAUUUUUCGAAAACUGAUAUUUUUACAGAAACAUCUAAUAGUCAUAAUUCUGCAAAUUUACUUAGUUUAACACAAUUAUUGGGAUUAAGCCGUCUAAUGAAUUUUAUUAUGUAUAAAUCUCGUCAAACUAAUACAGAUGCUGAACUUGUUGGAAAUGUUCAUCAGCGUUCAUUUACGGAUUAUAUUUUUGCACAAUCUCAAUUAGAGCGAAAAGCUAGAAGGCGUAGUCAUUACCCUAUAUUAAAAACUUUUUCCUAUUCAAAUUCACUAAAUGCUAGUUUAACAAGUAUAGUUGAAGCUGAUCAUGUUGUACAUUCUAAAUGGGAUACAAUUGAAAGUUAUUUCAGUAAACGAAGCAGACGUCGUCACUGUAACAGUGAAAGUGGUUUAUUUUCACUUGAAGAUAACUUAUCCUCACUAUUAUUACAAGAUAUUGAGAAUACUAAGAAUAAGAAUGAUAAUGAAAAAGAUAAACAAAAUCUAAAUACUAAUAUUACAACAUCAAUACAUUUAGAAGAAACACAAAAUAUUUCACCAACAAGCUUAGACUUGAAAACAAAUAACUUUGAAGAGAUGGAGACAACCGAUGAAAAAGCUUGCUCAUGUUGUCCAUCCGAAGAUAAUUGCCUUUCACUUAUAAAUAAACAAAAUGAAUUAUUAAUAAUAAACACAAAUGAAAAUGAUACUCAAUUUUCUCUGUCAGCUGAAAAUCAAAAUCCUAAUUGUAUAAAUGAAUUACAAAAUGAAAUAUCUUUAAUAAAUGCUACAAAUUCAACUGAAUCAGACAAUGAACAGAGUUUAUUACAUGUUGACUCUUUUCCACCUGUAAAUAACAUUGUGAAUAAGCCAAUUACACGUUCGUCAACAUCGAAAAAUAUGAAAUUAAAUAAAUCUGUAUCAUUUGCUGAUGAAGUUGGGAAAUCUCUAACUGAAAUAUUUACACUAUGCGAUGAUGAUGAAUUAUGCAAUGGAUUUUCAGAAUUUGAUACAUUUGACAAUUACAAUUUUGGAUCUAUUAAAGAUUAUAAACCAUAUGAUAUUCAAAAUAAACGUUCAAAAUUUCAAAUCUUUUAUGGUGAUGAAUAUUUUAAUGAUAUUGAAUCUCCGGGUAAAACUCAAAAUACACAUGAAAACAAUAAUAAUAAUAAUAAUAAUAAUAAUCCAUUAAUGAAAUUCAAUACUACUGAUAUUGAAUCACAUUAUAUAUGGAGUUUAACAUUUUCUCAACCAGCUUCACGUUAUUAUGAAUUUAGACAAAAACUUGAAAAAUUCAAUAUAUCAUUAGAAAGUAUUAAUAUAAUACAAUCCAAUAAUAAUAAUAAUAAUAAUAAUAAUAAUAAUAAUAAUAAUAAUAAUGAUAAACCAUUAACAUCUUCUAUUAAAUUAAAAGGUACUAUAAAAAUUAAAAAUAUUUGUUAUGAAAAAUUAGUUUAUAUACGUUUAACUAAAAAUAAUUGGAAAACAUUUAUUGAUUAUCCAGCAAUAUAUAGUUCACAAUUAUCAUCUGGUACAUGGUCAAAUACAAAACGUUAUGAUACAUUUAUAUUUAAUAUUAUAAUAGAAUCAGAUCAACAAUAUUUUAAUCCAAAUGAUAAAAUUGAAUUUGCUAUUUGUUUUAUUGCAUUCAAUAAUAAUAAUAAUAAUGAUAAAAUAGAAUAUUGGGAUAAUAAUAAUCAUGAAAAUUAUAUUAUUGAACAACGUAAACUUCAUCCACAUCUAUUGAAUAUAAUGAAUAUAGAUAAUUCACAAUCAUCUAAUCUAUCUAUUACACAAACAAAUGAUUUAUCUAUAAUCGAUAAAUCAAUAAAUAUAAAUAAUAAUACUAAUACUACUACUACUACUAAUAAUAAUAAUUGUACUAUAGAAUAUAAUAUACCAUCUUAUACAUUAGAUUGUCGACCUAAUUUUGAUGGAUUCACAUCAUUUACAAAUUAUAGAGCAUGGAAUCAUUUCUCUGGUGAAACAAGUUAUUAUUAAUAUUCUAUGAAUAGUCAUUGAUUUAUUCUUGGUAUUAUUAUUAUUACUACUUGGUUUGUUUGUUUCGCCUUAUUAUUUUCGCCUAAUAUUUCUUUGUAUAAUUAUAAUGACAAUAAUUUAUUAAUUAAUGAGAAUAGUCAUGAAAUCAUUUAUUGAAUACAAUUUUUUUUUAUUUUUAAUGAAUAAUUCCAAUCUAUUUCGAAGUUCUCCUUUUUUUCCUUUCUUUUCUUUUACUGAAGGAAAAACGAAACAAUAAACCGCUCAUUUUUAUUCUUCAUAACGUAGAUGCCCUAAUAUUGUCUCCCUUUUUUUUUAAAAAAAAAUCUUCGUUUUUCUUUAUUCAUUUCUUUUCUAUGUUUUUUUUCUUAUUUUGUAUUUCAGUGUGUUGUUUUUUUUGUUUCUCCUUCAUAUUGUAGUUAAAAUAGAAAAUAAUAGAGUUUUUUUUUAGUAGAGUUUUUUGUUUAUAUUUAAUCGUAUAGGGUUCAAUAAUCGAUGGAAACAAAAAAAAGUACUGGUCAAAAUUCAACUAAUAUCUUGUUGUUAUGCCUAGGGAAAUAUUUGAACUUGUCCAAUUAGAGGUUGAUAAAAAUCAAUCUAAUCCAUUGCUAUAUUAUUAACUUGAAUUAGAAAUGUUUUAUUCACAUGGAAUACACUAGUUUAUCUAUACAUAUGAUUAUGUUAUGAAAUUCAUAGGUCAAUUUAUUUUAGUUAUUUUAGGUGUGUAUUUAAUGUUUACUUGUUAAUAUAAAGAGCUACAAGUUCACUUUGUCAUUUUAAUAAUACUAAAUCUAAUAAAUCAUGAUAGAAGUGCGUGAAUCCUGGACUUUUAUAUUUCUGGUGUAUGUGUAACUCAUACCUAGAAAGAAGAAACCAGCAAAAUGUCCCUUACGGAUUAAUGACAUAUGAUCUCCACUGAAAAGACAUAUGACUCCAGGGUAUGUGUGACGCUAAAUUAGAAAAAAGCAAUAUUCACAAAAGUUUACAAACUUUCGUAAUUGAAACAGGGACUAUAACGUUUGAUUAGUGUUAUAUUUGAAUUCAUGUGACUUUAGAUUUCUAUAUCUUUAUAAUUUCUUAGGUCAGUGGUGAGCACUGAAGACAACUUCUAUACUAGGACAAAAUAGUGAUUUCUAAUUUUUGAUCAAUCCUCUGAUAACAUUCAUAGAGUCAUUAAAAUUCAAAGAGUUAUUUUUGAGAUGAUGGAGACCUUUAACUCAGAUGGACGAUUUUGGUGAAGUUUCGUUCUCUGAGCUGAAUGGUUUGGUCGUGAAGCAUUAAUUGUUGUUCCCAACGAAAUCAACGGCACAAACUUUAGGUAGAAUUGAAGUAUCCGAAUUUCCUCACAUGUGAUUAACUGCCUGUCUUAUCGAAUUUGAUCUUGAUUGGUUAAUACUGACCUCUAACAUGUCAUUGUUUAAAAUGUUAUUUUGAUUAUCACUUCCUUUGAUCUGAUUGUUGAUCCCAAAUUUGUCCACAAUUUUUCCAAUAGUGUUGUUCAGAAGAAAAAUGAAAGCUUCAGGAUUAAAUUACCUAGUUCAGAAGCGAAAUCCCGCCAAAUAGAGUUAUUAUACAGCAGUAUUCCUCAACAGAACACACCCGUUAAUCCACAAUGGUUCAAACCUUGAAGAUGAAUUAUUUUCAAACCUUAUUAGAACACUAUUUCAUAUCGUAUUAUGCUUCAAGCAGUUCAG